ACAGAGGGCUGGAUCCAAAGUCUGGGAGAGAGAGUCUGGCAAAACCACUGUCCGGCUUAGGGGAAGCAGCUUUGGACAGGGUGUGUGAACACUUUUUAUUGUUGUCACUUUGACUCUCUGCAGGAUGGCCUGGCUGCCCCGUGCCUGUCAGAGAGCACCUGCGGGGGCUCUCUUCUUACUACUCUGGGGCACCGUGGUGGUGGGGGACAGGCUGCUGGUGUUCCCUCAGGACGGAAGCCACUGGCUCAGCAUGCAGGACAUAGUGGAGGCUCUCGGUCAGAGGGGCCAUGACAUCAUGGUGCUGGUGCCAGAAGUCAAUUUGCUUCUGAAAGAGUCCAAGUACUACAAGAGAAAAAUCUACCCGGUGCCAUUUGAUGAGGAAGAGCAGAAGAACCGUUACCGCACCUUUGGAGAAAGGCUUUUCACGUACAGGCACUGGUUGAGUGGGCCGCUGACCGAGUACAGGAAUAACAUGGUUGUGAUCAGCAUGUACAACACGAAGUGCCAGAGCCUCCUGAGGCACAAAGAUACCUUGGCUUUCCUCAGGAAGCAAAAGUUUGAUGCUCUUUUCACGGACCCGGCCUUGCCCUGUGGUGCUAUCUUGGCUGAGUACCUGGGCCUGCCCUCCAUGUACCUGUUCAGGGGCUUCCCCUGCUCCCUGGAACAUGGGUUUGGUGGGAGCCCGAACCCAGUGUCGUACAUCCCCAGGUGCUACACCAAGUUCACGGACCACAUGACUUUCCCACAGCGGGUGGUCAACUUCCUCGUCAACCUGCUGGAGAUCCCUCUGUUUUACUGUCUGUAUUCCCAGUAUGAGGACCUGGCCUCGGAGCUCCUGCAGAGAAAGGUGGACUUGGCCACCUUGUUUCACAAGGACUCCAUGUGGCUGCUCAGAUACGACUUUGUGUUGGAGCACCCGAGGCCUGUGAUGCCCAACAUGGUCUUCAUCGGGGGGAUCAACUGCAAGAAGGAGGGCACCCUGCCUCAGGUUGGUGGAUGGGCUUUUGGUGGGCAGACCCUGUUCUUAUGGGCCCUGUCUUCUUUGACACAUUUGCUUUCUUGCUGUGUGGGAACACUGCUUGAAGAAAUGGUGGUGAGGAGGUGUUGGCGGGUCUGGAACAACAAGGGCGUGUGGGGACCUGAGGCCUAGGUGACGUGGAGGUUUUGGAAUGAGCUCAGAGUGAUAGCAAUAGAUACAUUUGCUUGAUCUGGGGACAAUGACAGGAUCAAGGAAAGAGCUUAGCAAUAAGUAUUCCUGACCAAUAGAGGUGCAAGUGUGACCAAGGCACGUGUGAUGUGUGUAGCUUAAAUCCAGUUGUCCUAACUGUGUUGCAGGCUUUGUUUC